AUGUUUUCGAUAACGCUUGCUAUCAUCGUUCUGUUUUUAACUGUUGUUUACUAUUAUUUAAAAUCUGUCUAUUUUACAUUACGUGGUCCAAUACCAGGUAUUCCACCCCAAUUUUUAUUCGGUAAUUUACUUCAAUUUGGAAUACUUUCACGCAAACCAGUAUCUCUGCCAGAUGUUAUUACACAACUACGAGAUAAACUUGGUGAUGUCUAUCAAUUUUGGUUUGGUUUUACUCAUUUAAUUAUGAUUAAUUCUCUUGAAGAUGCACAAUAUAUAUUUUCUCAUCGACAUAUUUAUGAUCAAGGAGAUCUUUUUACUGAAAAAUUUAAAUUAAUCAAUCCAAAUGGAAUUAUUUGCUUGAAAGGUGCUAAAUUUAAACGACAUGCUAGUGUAAUAAGUUCAUUAUUUCGUCGUGGAAAAAUUCUUGUUCAUUUAGAUACAAUUAUUGAUUGUACUGAUAGAUUAUUAGAUAGAUGGCGUAUUCAUUAUAAUAAUCCAACAAAAAUUCAUUUGAAUAUGAUAGAACAAUCACAACAAUUAUUAUUAGCUAUAUUUGGUUUUAUUGCUUUUAAUUAUGAUUUAGGAACACUUGAUGAUAAUUCAGAAAACAGUCAAAAUGAAUUGACGCAAGCAUUUUAUUCAUUAUUAAAUACCAUGCAAACAUUACUUCAAUUACCAACAUUUUUAGGUCGAAUUUUUUGUUUUUUAAAUUUUAAAGCACGACGAGCACGAAUUAUUAUUGAUCGAUAUUUAGAAAAUAUGAUUGAACAAGAAUUAAAUACACCAAUAGAAAUGAGAACAGAACGUAAACGAACAUGUUUUAUUGCGUCAUUAGUUACUUCUUUACAAGAAGAUGAAAAACUUGAAGCAACUAAACCGGAAGAAGAGAAACGAGGACUUUCUCGAAUUGAAGUUAUGCAAGAAAUGCUUGCAUUUCUUGCAGCUGGUUAUGGAUCAACGUCGACAGCACUUUCUUGGUUUAUUUAUUUUACGAGUAAAAAUCCACAAAUACAAAAGAAAAUAAAACAAGAACUUUCUGAAUAUGAUGGUCAACGUCUUACAAUUGAACAAAUGGAUUCACUUAUUUAUUUAGAUUGUGUUCUUCGUGAAGUAUUCCGUUUAGCAGGAGCAAUAGGAGGUACUACUCGAACGUUAACCACAGACGAUCAAUUACCUAAAAGUGGAGCUCAAUUAAAAAAAGGUGAUUCAGUUAUGAUUUCAUUUUAUGCUUUAGCAAGAGAUAAACGUUAUUGGGCAGAUUUAUAUGAUCUAAAUGAAUUUCAUCCUGAACGAUAUUUAAAUGAUCCGGAAAAUAAAAAUAAUCUAUCAGCAUUAAUGCCAUUUGGUGGUGGACAUAGACAAUGUAUGGGUCAAGAUUUAGCUCGAUUUGAAUUAAAAAUUAUUUGCGCUAGACUUAUGCAAUUUGUUACAUUUGGUGAUGGUGGACCUGAACUUAAUGCUGGAGGAUAUGAUGUUACGGAUACGAUUAAACCAAAAAAACUUGCUGUAACUAUAAUAUUUGAUUAA